AUGCCAAAGCUAAACAUUAUAGUAGCUGCCUGCAAUAACAAUGGUAUAGGCAUUGAAGGUCGUUUACCAUGGCGUUUAAAAAGCGACAUGUCAUUUUUUAAACAGAUAACUUUAAGAACACAAGAUGCUGAAAAAAAGAAUGCAGUUAUCAUGGGAAAAAAUACCUGGUUGUCCAUUCCCUCUAAAUUUCGCCCUCUUGUUGGAAGGAUCAAUGUAGUGCUUAGUACCCAGAUGACAGAUGCCCCUGAAGGAACUCAACUGGCAAAAUGUUUGAACCAGGCUGUGUCAUUGCUUGAAUCUCUUAAUAUGGCAGGUUUUAUUGAGCCAAAGAAAUAG